AUGGCUGCCUUCCACUUUGCAUUGGUACUACUAACUCUGCUUUCGGUACAAUUCUCCGAAGCUUCUCGUCUUAGUCUCUUUGCAUCGACUAAGGAUGCACAAGUAGCCGAUAGCACGAAAUGGGCAGUUCUUGUUGCCGGUUCAAAUGGGUACUCCAAUUAUCGCCAUCAGGCGGAUGUUUGUCAUGCAUAUCAAAUACUGAAAAGGGGUGGUUUGAAAGACGAGAAUAUUAUCGUGUUCAUGUAUGAUGACAUUGCGAAUAACACGAUGAAUCCAAGGCCUGGUGUCAUAAUUAAUAGUCCCAACGGCUCAGAUGUUUAUGCUGGUGUGCCAAAGGAUUACACCGGAGAUUACGUGACAGCAGCCAAUUUCUAUGCUGUGCUUCUGGGCAAUUCCUCGGGAUUAACAGGUGGAAGCGGGAAAGUUGUAGCAAGUAAACCCGGAGAUAAGAUCUUUGUGUAUUUCACCGAUCAUGGUGGCCCUGGACUCCUCUGUAUGCCGAACUUGCCUUAUAUUUACGCAAAUGAUUUCAUUGAGGUUUUGAAAACAAAGCAUGCGAGUGGAACAUACGAUGAGAUGGUGUUAUACGUGGAAGCAUGUGAAAGUGGAAGUAUUUUUGAAGGCCUGUUGCCAGAAGAUUUGAAUAUCUAUGUUACAACAGCAUCGAACGCAAAUGAAAGUAGUUGGGGUACAUAUUGCCCUGGCUCGGUACCUCCUCCGCCUCCGGAGUUUAACACUUGCUUAGGUGACUUAUACAGUAUCUCAUGGAUGGAAGACAGUGACGUGGAAGAUUUGAAUACUGAAACGUUAGAAGAACAAUACUUGAAGGUAAAGGCAAGGACUUUAAAUAACAACACCGGACAGGGAUCUCAUGUGAUGCAAUAUGGUACACAACUCAUAAGCAAUGAGACUGUUUCGGUUUAUCAAGGUGCUGGGACUUGGAACUUCACCUCGAAUACGUUCCAAUCAAUAGGCUCCAUGGGCGUGGUUGAGCAAAGAGCUGCAGACAUAUAUUCAAUGUGGAAAAUGUACGAGAGAUCAACACUAGAACCACAACAGAAGAUUGAACUACUCAAGGAAAUCAAGGAAAUAACAACGCAUAGGGCACAUUUGGACAGCACUAUUGAAUCGAUCAAAGGAGAGUUACUAGACCAAGAAUACCUAACGGAGAGACGUCCAGGAUCAGUCCUAGUGGACGAUUGGGAUUGUCUUAAAUCCAUGAUUCGAACAUUUGAGACAUACUGUGGAUCGCUAACUCAAUAUGGCGUGAAACAUACAAGAACAUUUGCUAACAUGUGCAACAAUGGUGUUACGAAGGAUGCCAUGGAUGAAGCUUCAAAGGGAAGAUGUGGGUCUUAUAGCUUGGGGAAGUGGAAUCCUGCGACUGCUGGUUAUAGUGCCUAA